CACGGUCCGGGUGGCGGCACAGAGCCCUGCACCCCGUGUGAAUGGCUGGUAGGGGCACACACUUCUCACGAGCUUCCCCAGGAGAUGAAGCGAGGUAAGAGCGGAGUGGGGAAGACGGCGAGGGCGUGAGGAUUGUGAGAUACGUGCAAAGGCUCUGAGCUCAGGUCACGCUUUCUAGUUGGAGCAUAUUGGCGAGCUCUCUCUUGCGCUCUCUCUCUCGAGAUGGAGGUGGUUGUUGGGGGAAAUUUGAUGUCAGAUGUUCAAUUGGGCCCCAAAGAGAAGAUGGUGCCCGAGUGAACCAAGGUCAUGAAUGGGGAGUCAUGGAGCCUUUACCUUACAGGAAGGAACACCCAGAGAGAGAUGGCCUUUGACAACGACUGGGAUUCGGGGUGAGUGGAAGCAGAUCAGAGACUCCAGCUGCUGCGGCUGAAUUGGAGAGGGCUUCCCGGUCACCGCCCUCGUCUGGCUCCUCCCGGAUGGAACAGGAAGACGAGCACGGUGUGUGUGAAGACCCGGACUCAGAAGAUACAGGAAUGGGCUCCGAUUUUGAGAACUCCGAGGACAGGGAAGGGGACCCAGACGAGAGAGAAAUGGUUUCCCACGCACGGGGCGCGGAUGAGAGAGCAGACCGCCCUGAGCAGGAGCGCGGCUCUAGCCCCCGGGGGGAGCGGGGACUGGCAUCCGACGUCUGCACAGAGGGGUUGCUGAGCGAGGAGGCAGUUCUGCGGGAGGAAGAGGAUGGCCACCCCGGCGUGGUGGCUGCCGUGUUCCCAAGCCUGUCCGAGCCCCGCAGCACCUCUGGGAGCACGUCCCGGAGCCCCCGGGAAGAGGAGGAGGAGCCGCCGCCCCCGCCACCACCGGUGCUCCCCUGGAGGCGGCACCUCUCCCUGGGGAGCCGGCACCCGGGCGACAAGCCGGCCCCCCGCCGCUUCCGCCGGCUCCACCACCCCAUGGCCCACCACGUGGACCUCGGGGAGCUGGACAGCCUGAUGGCCAGCAUCCUGGACGCGCCCACCAUCUGCCCGGACUGCGGGGAGAGCUUCAGCCCGGGCGCCGCCUUCCUGCAGCACCAGCGCAUGCACCGCCUGGCGGAGGCGGCGGCCGCGGCGGCCGCGGCGGCGGGCGGCCUGGACCCCUUCGGCGGCCUGGGGGGCGAGUGCGCAGGCGCGGCGGCAGCUGCGGUGGGCGUGGCCGGGGUGGGCGUGGCCGGGGGCUACGGGCCGGGCCCCGCCCUGGCGCGGCCCCCGCGCGAGAAGCCCUUCCGCUGCGGCGAGUGCGGCAAAGGCUUCAGCCGCAACACCUACCUGACCAACCACCUGCGCCUGCACACGGGCGAGCGGCCCAACCUGUGCGCCGACUGCGGCAAGAGCUUCAGCUGGCGCGCCGACCUGCUCAAGCACCGGCGGCUGCACACGGGCGAGAAGCCGUAUCCGUGCCCCGAGUGCGGGGAGGCCUUCAGCCUGAGCGCGCACCUGCUCAGCCACCGGCGCGCGCACGCGGCGGCGGCGGCGGCGGCGGCUGCAGCGGCGGCGGCAGGCGGGGCGGGCGGCGUUGGCGCCGGGCCGGCAGCGGCGGCUUCGCUGCUGCUGCGGCCGUUCGCGUGCGGCGAGUGCGGCAAGGGCUUCGCGCGCCGCUCGCACCUGGCCAACCACCAGCGCACGCACACGGGCGAGAAGCCGCACGGCUGCGGCGAGUGCGGCAAGCGCUUCGGCUGGCGCUCGGACCUGGUCAAGCACCAGCGCGUGCACACGGGCGAGCGGCCCUACGUGUGCCGCGAGUGCGGCGAGGCCUUCAGCGUCAGCUCGCACCUCUUCACGCACCGGCGCACGCACUCGGGCGAGCGGCCCUACGUGUGCCGCGAGUGCGGCAAGGGCUUCGGCCGCAACGCGCACCUCGUCAACCACCUGCGCGUGCACACGGGCGAGCGGCCCUUCCGCUGCGGCCAGUGCGACAAGCGCUUCGGCGACGUGUCCACGCUCACGCAGCACCAGCGCACGCACACGGGCGAGAAGCCCUACGCGUGCGCCGAGUGCGGCAAGAGCUUCAUCCAGAGCUCGCACCUCAUCCGCCACCGCCGCAUCCACACGGGCAACAAGCCGCACAAGUGCGCCGGCUGCGGCAAGGCCUUCCGCUACAAGACGCACCUGGCGCAGCACCAGAAGCUGCACCUGUGCUAGGGCGCUGCCCCCCAUCCCAUCCGCGGGAGCUUGUGGGGUGUAAGUAUCCUGGGGGACAGAUAUCCCGGACCAAGGAAUGAAUGGGAAGAAGG